CUGAAGAGACGUCCUGAGGUGCCAGGGAUCCAGAAGGGAAGGGAAGGGAAGGAAAGGAAAGGCGAGAGCGACCGGGCUCUCAGAGUGGAAGGAGAGGAAGGGAACAAGCAAGAAACGUGGUCGCAAGGAGAGGCCAAGCGCCGAGUGGGAGUAGGAAAAACGUAUACUUGCUGGGCAUAGGGCAAGAGGGCAAGAGGGCAAGAGUGGAACUAAGAAGGGCGCAAAAGAAUCAUGGGCAAUUGCAUCCGUGCCUGCUUCGGAUCGAGAUGGGAGGCGGUCGGGGAAGAGAAGCCGCAGACGACACCCAGUUUGUUAAAAAGGCCAAGUCGCAAAACCUCCGGCGUUCAAAGGCUUGAACGGGACCUGGAGCAGUUCAGGACGCAGAGAGAGAAAUUUGGUUUUCGGGACCGACUUUGUCAAGAGGAGGCAGACCUGCAGGCGACAGCCGAACACCGGUCACACCAGCGGGAACGACUGUUCACGCGGGAGACCGUGAUCGGCGAUGAGGCCGCACAUUGGGUGGAAGUGGCAUCUGCAGACGGGGCCCCGGAGACUGAGAAAGGGCUGUCAGCCCUUGCGCAGGUCUCCCACGACCUCGUGGCCACCUGCGCUCUGCAGCAGGAGGAAAUCCUUCACCUGCAGCAGAUAGUGGACCAGAUGCUCGCACGACUGCAGGCGUCGGAGAAACAGCCAGCUGCUGUAGCAGCCGCAGGGCCUUCAAACCUUGCCACCCGUGUUCAAGUUUUGGAGGACGACGUCAGCAAUAUCAAGCGUGUGCAUCAGGACUUCAGGACGUCGCAGCAAGCAACAAACUUGCAGUUGGAGACGCAGGUCGAGGCUGCUGCCACCAUGAUGCCCGCCGCCGCAUCCUCCAGGCGCCCACCCAAACAGGAUGACAUUCUUGUUUUCUGCGAUCAGUCCAAGACGGAACCGAUCCCGUGGUGGCGCCAGUUUACUCUCAGGCUCGACAUGCACCAUGUCCCGAACAACGAUCGACAUCCGUGCUUGUACCACCGAUCUGGUGGUGCAUGUCAAGCAUGGCUGGACAACAUCUUGACCAGCCACGGCGUAGCAGUGUCGGAACUGCAUACCAAGCUCACUUGGCAGGAGUUGACUGACGCCUGGCACAAGCGAUUCCAAGUGGAGCCGCCCGACCUGCAAGCGAUGGACAAGCUCAACAAGCUCCAUCAGAAUACGCUGCUCAGUCAGGACUGGAUUACCGAGUUCCAAAGACUCGCCUCCACACCUGACCUGCCGCUCGCAUUCCGCGCCAUCAAGCACUUGUUUAUCAUGCGCUCRUGUCCAGCUCUGCAAAACGCGCCGACGCAGAUUGCAGAGACACUCGACACAUUUGACAAGCUUUUCAGCACAACGUCACGGAUCAUUCUCACGAAUAUCGAAGCCCGCAACGCCGGCCGAUCUUCCGCGACGACGAGAGGCACCCAGCCCAAGCCAAAGGUGGCUUGCAUUACUUCUACCGAGGCUGCAACACCAAACGAGGGUGAAGUGUUGGCAGCUGCCCGGGAUGGUGGCCGGCCGCGCAACAACCACGGCCGCGACAAGACGAAGACUCAGUCCACCUCUACACCGAGCACCGGAUCAGCCGCCGAUGAACCUUGGGCACAAUACGGACUCCCGACGAAUUCUUAUCGCACGAGACUCAAGUACCCAGGGCUUUCACAAUAUGUUCAAGUCACCAAGAGAACACAGGAGAAAUGGUAUGACAAGAUAUUGGAAGCCUGGAAUGAUGCACAGCAGCCUCCUGCAACCGAUGCUCAAGCAGCCUUGCUCAUCCUUCGGGCUCUCAAGUCUCAUCGAGUGCAUGAUGUCCAGGGUAUUCUCCUGUUUUACAAGCUCCCUGUGACGAGCGUGGGAGUUCGUCCCUCAGCACCUGCAGGACAUGGCGUCAGCAAGACCGAUUUGGCCCCUGGAGUCCAGUAUGAGUUGAACAGCCUUCCCGUCGAUGCCAAGGCAGUGACAGAUGGAGAUACCAUAGUUUGCUUUGUAGACGUUGAAAGCUCUGACAAGGAGAGAGCCGCAGUCCCAGAAGCAGUCGCUGCAGCCGUGAAAAAGCGUGCAGCUGCGAGGGCAAAUCAUGAUUACCAAGCCGGUGAUGCACUUCACAAGGAGAUUGUUGCUGCUGGCUAUCGUGUUUUUGAUGGCAGAGAUGGUGAGCCAGAUGUCCUUUCUCGGAAAUAUCGAAUACGAUUGAGGGGAAUUGAUGCCCCAGAGAAAGCCAUGCCUUAUGGACCAGAAGCAAGAGAAGAACUACUAUCACUUGUAAUGGGGAAAUCAGUCCAAGUACAUGUGUAUACAACCGAUCGUUAUGACCGAGUGGUUGCAGACAUCUACUGCAACAAGCUAUUCAUACAGGAGCAAAUGUUGAAGAGAGGAUAUGCUUGGCAUUACAAAGACUACGACAAGCGCGACUCCCUUGCUGAGUGGGAAGCAGAAGCAAGGAGCGCACGUGUGGGCCUAUGGCAGGCAAGAAGCCCAGAGCCCCCUUGGGAGUUCAGAAGGAGACAAAGAGCAAAAUGACAGAUUUCUUCUAUGGGAAUACCUGUAUGGAUACUCCUUAAAAAGGAAACCUGGUUUUCACAUGGUGUCCAGUGAGGCCUGGUUCCCAGCUUGACCCAGGGCAACAGGGCGGAUCCAAGACUCCUCCAUCAGCGGGUUGAAGUGUCGUUCCGUUGGCUCAUGUCUGGCGAUUUGUUUCAUUUUUCCGCUUUUGCGUGCUGAUAGCGGGUUUUGUCGGCUUUUGUUGGCUUUGCCGGAUGUUGGAUUACAAGCACAUAGCAGGCCCCAUGUGGAUGGAAAGAAGACAUGUGACUGUUAGCAACCAGUCGCGAGCUUGAAUCAGCAUGGGGCUCACCCCGAAACGGGAAAAGAAGAUGUCAGGGCAUACUCAAACUAGGAGUUUUUUUACUUAUCUAUGAACAUGAUUGCAGUCAGAUGCAUCCAGGUCCAGCCGUAAACGCGGUUAGAUGCAUUGUAAACACCACUUCACACGAGCGUAAGUUGAACGAAGCUGAACGAAGCUACCUUCCAAGGCGCGCGAGCCGCCAACUGGAACUUUUCAUCGUGGCCUUCCUCGUUCACGACUGGGCCAGGCCCGAAUCAAAAAGCUCUUACCGU